AAACGUCUCAUUACUUUUUUCCUCACUCCCCCAAAAUUCUGCGUACCAAAUUACUCUAUUUUUUUUGUUGUCCCAAAUUCCGAAGCACCCUUCACUAACUUGUCUCUUUCAGUUGUGUCUCUUCUACUACUACCCCACUUCACUCAACCACCCUUCUUCAUUAAUCAAAUUUCUUUUUUGCUGUUACAAUAUUACUCAGAAGAGUGAUUUUAUGGCCUAAUUCAAGCAAUUUUGCUUCUGUGAAACGGUCAAGAAUCAUUCCUUUUCUUCAUUUUGCUGAAACUUUGAAGAUUUCAGCACCCAAUUAUCCAUUUUUUAACAAAGUUCUUCGAUUUGGCCAUUUGGGGUGUUUUGUUCUGGUAUAACAUUGUGUUGGUGUGAUGCUUGGGAUGGAUGCAUCAGUGGAAAUGGGUCCUACUGAGGGUGCUGUUCUGGCUUUACUGGACUUUCUGGUUGAUCCUUUGCUGCCCGCCAGAUCAUCUUCAAGGGAGGCUAUCACUCCUGCUCAAGAAGAAUUGGUUGCUAAACAGGUGCAUGCAGUAGUGUUGCUGUACAAUUAUUACCACAGGAAACAACAUCUAGAUCUGGAUUUUUUGGAUUUUCAGUCUUUCUGCAAGCUGGCUGUGGUUCUGAAACCAAGUCUGCAAUCAUACUGUACGCUCAUGGAAAGGACAGACUAUGCUGAGCUGGAUGACCUAGACAAACAUCUGUCAUUGACUGAGAAAGCGAUCAUGAAUGCUUGUGAUACUGCCAGAAGUUUAGAUGCAUCAAACAACAAACCGGACAUUGAAGGUUGGCCUGUUACUAAAGUUGCUGUUUUCUUAUUUGAUCCCAGAAGAGAAAACUGCUAUUUGUUCCAUGGUUCCAUCACUAAGGGGGUAUGGUCGGCAAUUGAAAAAGAGGUUAAUGCUCCUAGUCAAGGGUCAGAAGCUGUAAAUAAAAAGACUCGAGUCAUUAAGAAGGCAUCAAAAGAGAAUCAAACUGCAGAUGAAACUGUUCUUCGACAGCUUGCCUACAUAGCUGUCAAGGAAACAUGCGGUACGCUUAUAUGCUCACUUGGUAUUAAUUAUUGUGAUCUUAAAAUUUUGGAGAACCACUUGGUGUAUUCCACAAGCAAAGAAAAGACAGCUGUUCGCUUAUAUAUAAUGCAAUGCAGGCAAACAAAUCUGAACGUGGACCUGGUUCCAAUAAAUGAUGUCAUGGACAGCUUGCAUGGACCAUUGGUUAGAAAGGGUUCCUCCAGCUGGAUCUUUACAUCUGUUGUUGAAUAUUUUCACUUGCUUCCAUUUUCCGAUAAACUUUCAGAUUGCCUGGCAAGGGAAAUCCCCCUAGGUUCUCCACAACAUUUCGAAGAGACAAAGGAGGAUGGAAAACAACAAUCAGAUGCAGGAGCGGAAUACGAAUACUUCUCUGGCUUUCCUUCUUUGGAAGACCCGCUCCUGAACAUUUCUGAAUCUAUGGAAGCAACAAAGGAGGUUCGAAAUGGCAGAAGACAUCACUUGAAAGAGGACGGUAUUCAAUAUGUCUCACAAGGUUCUGAAGCACUGGAUGUGUUUCCAAAUGUCAGUAGCUUUAAUAUAAACAAGGAGCCCCCUCCAUCCAAUUCACAACACCCGGAAGCGGGACAGGUAGUGAAAAACGAUAGUGGUUAUCGACGAAGAGGGGAUCAUGUUGAGCCUGUAGUGUACAAGAAAAGAAAUAAAUCGAUAAAGAACAACUCCAGUAAAAAUCCAGGUGGCAAGACGACCAAUGCUCCUACAGAUUUUCCAAGGCAGUCAAAUUAUCAGUCAAUUGUUGUGGCAGACUUUCCUAUUACAAGUUCCAGGGAACAUGAUGUUGCAGGGACUUCAUCUGGUAAUGGGUUCGCUGAUAUUGUGAUGCCACAUCAAGAUGGAAAACAAAACUGUGUUUCUUCUGAAGCCGACUUCAAGCAUUUCCGCAAAUUUCAGCUUGCUAUUGCUUCAAAGGACAAAUUGAUAUCGAAUACUGCACUAAGUGUUCUGCUUAGGAAGAGAGAGCAACUGUCCCUGCAGGUUCGCAGUUUUGAAGAUGAAAUUGCCGUGUGUGAUAGAAGCAUCCAAACUAUUUUAAGUGGUGGUGAAGAUGAUUUAGCUGUUAAAAUAGACUCCAUUUUGGACGGUUGUAACGAGAAUUGUCUGAGAACUGUUGGUGCAGCUGGAGACAAAGCAUCGCUGCAUCUUGAAGAUCAAGGCUUGGCUUCAAUAGGGAAGAGGAGAAGACUUUCUGAGGCCAACAUGUGUACACAGAGUCCUUGUCAGGAGUUGGAUGGUUUAUGCAAUGCAAACUUUUGGUUUUUACCAACUUACUGUUUAUCAACAUCAGAAGGUGGCUUCCAGGCUACUGUUACUCUGAAGGGAAUCGAUUUUGAGUGUUCAAGUGAAGGAACCAUACAAACAAACCCUUGUGAAGCGAGGAAUUCAGCUGCAUCAAACAUUUUGGUUAAACUGCGGAGUAUGCAAGCUGAAUCAUAAUAGUUCAUCAAAGCCAAAUUUCACCUGUAAGUAAGCAUGCAUGCAUCUUGGUGUAAAUGUGCUGCUUAAUUAGGGCUUCUCUCUCUUGUUUUUUUUUUUAGAUUUAAGUAGCGCGAAAAGGACCACAUUGUAAAGUUUAUGUAUAUCUCUAGACAUGUAAACCCUUAGAUUAUUAGUGUUAAUUUAGUUAGGCGUUAGAGCUCCAUAUGUUGAAGCUUAGAUCCUAGCAGAGAAGUUCUGGUAAACUGAUCCGGAAACGGCAGUAUGACCUCUUGUAGCGCGGUCAUGAGUUUAGGCUCAAUAAUAGUGCAUGACAUUGACGAGUGACCGUACUUCUAUUGCACUUGUACCAUAAGAUAAUUGUUCGAAAACUUUGAUCCCAUAUUUCUUCCGGUCAAGGCGCGUAUUUGGAAGAUUCGAUAA